AUGUCGUUCACACAUCCCCGAAGAACUUCAAAGACCACAUCUACUGCUGUGACUCUUCUUGCGAAUACGUCAAGCCGGCCAACCGUUAAUACAACUAUGGCUUCCCUUCGCAAAGGUGCCACUUUCCACUCACCUUCUUCUCCUUCAAACGAAGUCGACGGUGCAUUCAAUCUCUCAGCUCUCGAACGUUCAUUGUCCAAUCUUGAAGAUUUCGCCGUCGAAUCACACAAGCGUCGUGCUGCCGAUGUCAUAGAAUCAUUUGAGCUUACUGCUGCCGGCAAUCAUUCAUCUUCUACUUCACGUCGUCGCUUCCGUGACGAGUCUGAUCCUGUUCCUCGUGGUGUCGUCAACGUUGAGAACCCCUCGACCAAAUCAUACAAUACCGAAUUGAUGGACGGAGUUAUGCCAUCAGAACAAUCUUCUGUGAGACGAUCAACACGUCCCCGUCGCACCACACCCAGAUAUGCGGACAGCGGUCUUGGAUCAUCCAUCGGAUCAUCAUCAUCAGACAAGAAAGUAACCACCGAUGACAAUGUCUCCAAAUCUACCAAGCCAUCCACUAUCACUAGAUCGGCUGCUGCUCCAUCUACAACCAUCAAAAGCCUUCCUAGACUUAGUGCUCGCACUACCGCUCGCAUUCAAGAGCAUAUCUUGAAGCCACUCCUAGCAAAGGAGUCUUUCAAAGACUUGCAUCCCCUCCUCCAAGACUGUCCCAGACGAAUUCAUCAGAAGGAAAUCGUAUCUCUCCGCGACCUGGAGAAGACUUUAAUUUUUACCGCACCUAAGUACACAAAGAGCGCCUCCUUGUACCUCGACUUUUGUCUGGAAUCGAUUCACUGCAUCCAAGCUACCGUCGAACUUGUUAAUGAACGCGAACAAACGCGACCAAACGACCGCCCAUAUACUAACGGAUACUUUGUCGAUCUCGUCGAACAGAUUAAGCAAUACGCUGAACAGGUCCGAGAAGCUAAGGAGAAGGAAGAGAAAGGAGAAACGAUUAGCGAGAUGGAUGCUCACCCAUCAGAUGAGGUCAAGCUUCACGGUGGUCUGACCAGAAAUGGUCGACCCGCUGAACUUGUCCGCAUCAACAAGAAAACUGGCAAGGCCAUUUCCAUUGCCACCGGCCAACCGGUUGACAUGGAUGAUGAUGACAACAAGUCGAUGAGAUUCAAGCGCUCCUUGAGCGAAGAAGCUGAAGAUGAAGAAUCAGUGAUGAGAUCCAUGGCACGUCGUAAGAAGGAUGCUUCUGCUGCUGAGCUCGCCCCUAAAUUUUGUCGCGAAAAGGGAUGUGACAAGUCAUUCAAGCGUCCAUGUGACUUGACCAAACACGAGAAGACCCAUUCCCGCCCCUGGAAAUGUCCCGUUACUUCGUGCAAAUAUCAUGAAUAUGGUUGGCCAACCGAGAAAGAGAUGGACCGUCAUCAAAAUGACAAGCAUUCAGCCGCUCCUCCACUAUUCGAGUGUCACUUCAAGCCUUGCCCAUACCGAUCAAAACGUGAGUCGAAUUGCAAGCAACACAUGGAGAAAGCCCACGGCUGGGAGUAUAUUAGAUCGAAGAACAACGGAAAGAACAGACCUGCUGCACCUGCUGUCAUUCCCAAUGGUCUUCCUACUCCCCAAAAUACUAUCAUUCAUACUCCAGGCAGCGAUUCUAACCUUGAAUCUCCACUCAUUGCUGAUGAUGAGAUGCUCUAUGAGAAUACUUCAUUAUACACCACCAACCAUAGCAUGGACUUCUUUGGCCCAGCAUACCCUGCUGAAAUGAACUUGUUCCAACCCCCACAAUCAUUGAACAUGGAAUAUUCUCCCAUCACGGAUAACUCCUUCUCUCCUGAUGGACAAUCGCCAUUUGAUGCAAAUUCUCCUUUCAACUCCACAUCUGUUCUUGGUGCUCAAGAUCAAUUCCAAGAGACUAUGCAAGCUUACCCACCAAACGAUGAAUGGGCAGCUUAUGAGCAAACUGAUCUUUACAGCGCCCCAGCCCAAAUUCAGAUUCCAUCUAAUCACCAAAUCUACCAAGAUAUCAUGGGUCAAAAUGCCAUGGCAUUCGAGACAUCGGGUGUCACAUAUCAAACUCAACAUCAACAACACCAACCCCAACAACACCCACAAUCAAUGGCACACAUUUCGCCUAUCGGUGAAGGUAAUACCAUGCUUUACACACCAAAAUCUAUGCAAGAUUUUGAUGAGGGAUUUGAAGACUUUGUUCCAAAUAACACUCGCAUGACCACCAAUGGUGUUCAAGAUUUCCAACUCUUUUCUGCACCUCAACAAAGACAAAAUAGCAACCCUGCUCCACUCUUUGGUGAAAUCAUUCCUCAAGCACCACUUGGAUUUCCUGGAAUUCUUCCCGAGGAUUUGAUUGCAUUCUAUGCACAAACCGCUGCUAAUUCUGCUGCUGGUACUGGCAACCACUUACCACAAAACCACUAUCAAAACCAUCAACAACCUCAACAACAUCACCAACAAUUGCAUCAAAACAUGAACAUGACAAUGGACUGGUCUUCUGAUGAUUAUGGCUAUAACAGUCAUUAA